AUGAAUAGUAAUCCAGAAGUAGUGAGACUUUGUAAUAAUAAUCAAAGACAUAUGGCUCAUACGCAUUGUGCAACUAGAUGGUAUGAUAGAGAUGGUGUUGAUACACAAAGACAAAAUCGUAGAUUGAAUAUUGAGAGACAUGGAAAAGAACAUAUGGAAUUAGUAGCACAGAGAAGACAAGAAAGAAUAGCAGCGAAACAGAGAGAUUUACAUAAUAUUCCACAAUUAGAUAGGGAUAGAGAAGUAAUUGAUAAUCAGUUAGAUGCGCAACAGAUAAAUUUAGAUGAUAAUCAAAAUGUGUGA